GAAAUCUACACUUAAUGGGAGUUGAAGCGAAAAGAUUCGACAAAAAAUGAGUGAUCUUCCUCMAGGUUGGGAAAUUAGAACCUCUCGUUCUACAGGCAAGGAAUACUWCUUCAAUAGAAACACCAAAGAAAGUUCGUGGGAGCGUCCAAGCGMAGACCAAGUCAGAGCUUCGCAUUUACUUGUGAAACAUAACGAAUCGAGACGACCCGCCUCAUGGAAGUCUGACAGAAUAACCCGUACUAAAGAGGARGCUUUGGAGAUUUUAAAAGGUCAUGAGCAAAACAUCAGGUCAGGAAAGGUGACUUUGGCAGAACUGGCCCAGACAGAGAGUGACUGCAGUAGUGCUAAAAAGGGAGGAGACCUUGGAUUCUUUGGACGAGGACAGAUGCAAAGGCCUUUUGAAGAAGCAACAUAUGCACUUGAAGUGAAUGAGAUGAGUGGUCCAGUGUACACUGAUUCAGGAAUCCACUUAAUUUUACGGACUGGUUAAGUUCUUUUGGCUGAUAAUAUUAUAGACUGGCUUAUGAUAAUUACAAGUCCACUAAAACUCUUCUUGUGAAUGCUUGCAGACAUCUUUUGAUUAGCCAAGAGUCUCUCAAGACAACCUUAGUAAAGAUGUCCUAAUUAACUAAUAAAARCAUAAACCAGCUUCAUUCAUCUAAUAAAACACUCUAAAAACAAAAUACUUUCACUGGUUUAUUGAAG